AUGGCAAAACCUAUACCCAAAAUUGGUUCGCGUAAAAAUGGACGUAUUGGUUCACGUAAACAUGCUCGUAAAAUACCAAAGGGCGUUAUUCAUGUUCAAGCUAGUUUCAACAAUACCAUUGUCACUGUUACCGAUGUACGGGGUCGGGUAAUUUCGUGGUCCUCCGCAGGUACUUGUGGAUUCAAAGGUACGCGAAGGGGAACACCAUUUGCCGCCCAAACCGCAGCAGGAAAUGUUAUUCGAACAGUAGCGAAUCAAGGCAUGCAACGAGCAGAAGUCAUGAUAAAGGGUCCUGGUCUCGGAAGAGAUGCGGCAUUAAUGUAA